AUGGAGUCUAUCUUCGCUGCUCAGAACACCCUCCGUCAGAACCUUGGCUUGCAGAAGGUCAGGGCCAUCCGCAACAAGAACUACAAAGCACAUGGCACCAAGUCCUAUGUUUACCUGCUCAACCGGUUCGGUUUCGAGCCCACACAGCCCGGGCCUUACUUCCACCAGAAUAAGGUUGUCCAGCGUGGGCUGGUCCCACAGUCUUUCACCAAGGCAAUUGGUGGUCGCGUCCGCCACGAUCGAGUACUUGUGAAAAAGGUUGGCGACGGUGAUCAGACUGGCGAGGUUACUGCCGAGGACCAGCAGAACGACUCCAUGUACCUUUGUGAAGUUGGAAUCGGCAGUCCUGCUCAGACCGUUAAGCUCGACUUUGACACCGGAUCAGCCGACCUCUGGGUCUUUUCCACGGAACAGACCAAAGCCACUCAAAAGGGACACAAUGUGUUUGAUCCCAAGAAGUCCUCGACGUGGAAGAAGCUCUCCGGCAAGGCCUGGAAAAUCUCUUAUGGCGAUGGCUCGAGUGCCUCAGGUGACGUUGGCACCGAUACCGUGACUGUUGGCGGCCUCGCAAUCGAGAAUCAGGCCGUCGAGCUUGCCAAGACCAUGUCCGACCAGUUUGCCCAGGGUUCUGGCGACGGGCUCUUGGGACUUGCCUUCAGCACCAUCAACACUGUCACCUCAGGGGGUGAAUCAGACCCCCAGCCCUCACCCGUGGAAAAUAUGAUCACUCAAGAGGACAUUCCUAAGGAUGCUGAGCUCUUCACGUCGGCCUUCUACAGUGAAAGGGACGAGAAGAACGACUCUUUCUAUACCUUCGGCUACAUUGACCAAGACCUUGUCAAGGCAUCUGGUGAGGAUAUCCACUGGACGGACAUCGACAACUCCCAGGGCUUCUGGCAGUUCCCAUCUGCAUCUUACUCAGUCAACGGCAAAUCCACAGAGGUUAACGGCAAUACCGCCAUUGCUGAUACUGGCACGACUCUUGCUCUUGUUUCGGACGAUGUGUGUAAGGCACUGUACGGGAGCAUCGAGGGGGCCAAGUACGAUUCAGCUAACCAGGGAUGGGUCUUCCCAACUACUGUCAAGGCUAGCGACCUGCCCGACUUUAGCGUGGCAGUCGGUGACAAGGAGUUUGUAAUCCAGAAGGAGGAUCUAGCAUUUGCCGCCGCCGGUAGUGGUUACUGGUAUGGUGGAGUGCAAAGCCGUGGCACUAUGGACUUCGACAUCCUGGGUGACAGCUUUCUGAAGAGCGUAUACGCUAUCUGGGACCAAGGCAACAAGCGCUUCGGUGUCGUGCCGAAGAUUGAGGCGACUCAGAACCUGGACGUUCCGGCUGACUCUGGGGCAGCUGGCCAGUAG